AUGGAGAUUUACCCAAGGAAACCCAUCAAGAUCUCCUCCAAAGUGGAGCUCGAUCGUGAAAUGCGGCGUGUACAUGCACUUUUUCAAAAGAAGGAAACGGACGAGACAUGGCAACUCUUCAAUGCAGCACUCGACAAUAUCAAAAACUGGGUUGAACACAGCAACGCACAUGAAUAUGAAGGUUUUGGCAAGCAUUUAAAGUCGUUGCGUGAUGGUAUCAACCAUGCGUUGUUGAGUGAACGUACGCGUCUAUCUGGAUCAGCAAUUGAACUUGUGAAAACAUUGGCAAAGACGAUGCAACGUGAUUAUGAGCCCUUUCACGACAUGUUUCAUGGAUCACUUUUACGCAUGCUCGCACGUACCAAGAAAGUGAUCGUUGCACAAGCCUUGGAUUGUCUAAAGACAGUGAUUGCAGCAUCCAAGCUUCCUCGACUCAUUCCUCGUUUCUCUGCCAUGCUCACCAAUAACAACAAACUUCAAGUCACCAACAACUCGACAUUAUCGAGUGCAGCAACAUGUCUCGAAUUAUGCAUCCAAAGCAAUUCUCCUGAACACAUUCAACCCCAUAUCCAAAGUCUUGAAGCCGCUAUUCGUGCUGGUAUCAUGAAGCCGUCAGCUGAAGUUCGUACCGCUGUCAGGGCUUGCUACAAGGCUUAUGCUUCCAAGAUGCCUGAAAAUGCCACAAGCUUCGAAGAUGGUCUUUUGGAUAAUGAAAAGAAGCACCUAAAACCACCCGUUGUUCGCAAAAGUAGUUCUUCUGGCAGCCUCAGCAGCUCUGUCAGCUCUACUAGCACAUCAUCAAGCUCGCUUUCACAUGGCCGUAACAGUCUUCCAAGUAUGCGUCAACGUACAACUACAACCACUCGACCCACAGCAGGUCGCCACAGCGUACCUCAACUCGGCACAAAACCACGUCCACAACCCAGCACCUCCACAUCAACUCGUUCACUUAUAUCAUCAAAGCAUACCCGAAAACCCACAUCAUCAGCAGCAUCAACAUCAUCAACAUCGUCGUCAUCGUCAUCAUUAUUAGCACGAAGAACACCCUCUGGAAUACCGCCAAAGCCAUCAUCAACAGCAGCAGCAGCGCUUCGAAAGCCUAUUAAAAAGGCUGUUACAUCUAGCGUGAGAUCACGAGUACCUAUCGCAUCAUCCAAAGCUCGUCAACAAAAAGCAGAAAUGACAGUAGCAACAACAACAACAACUACAACUACAAAGACAGCCAACACCACCAUCUCUUCCGAAUCAUCCAAAGAGCGUCCCCAAAAACCAGAAUUGACGACCCAACAAACAACCAACACCUCUUUAUCAGAACCAUCAAAAGAAAACAACACACAAUCACAACAUGAAGAAAAAGCUACGACAUCUACAGAGAGCAGUGACAAGGACAACAACAACAACAACAAAUCGAAUGACGCUAUUACUACUGUAUCACAACCUGAGAAAUCAUCCACUGAGUCAGCUAACGUUGCUGCCAAUACGACUACAACACCUUCUUCUAAAGGAUCAUCAUCAACACCACUUCCAUCAUCCACAGGACCAGAUGUUGUGCCGGAUCAAAAGCCAAAACAGCGAACGAGUGCGUCACAAGUGGAGUUGAAACCAAAUGUCAAGCUUGGAUUGAAGAGAGGCGGACAAGGACUGUCUCAUUUGCAAAUAGGAAAGAAGCCACCAAGAUUGACUGGUAAUCCAAUGCGGGAAAGGAAACGCACACUUGAUCAAGGAGGAGAAGAAAAUCAACGACCUGCCAAGAGACGAUAA